GUGGCCGCAGACACAUCAUUAUCUCCUCAAGAAGAAAGGCAAAGCAGUCGCAAUGGCUGAAUCGGAGAAUGUUGCAUUGGUCUUUGGAGCCAGUGGUAUCUCUGGCUGGGCCGUUACAAGUUGCGCUCUCUCUUACCCCACACCCACCACCUUUAGCAGAGUGAUUGGCUUGACAAACAAAUCAUUACCGCUGGAGCAAAGCGGUUUGCCACAUGAUCCUCGUCUGGAGUUACACUGCGGUGUGAAUCUACGAGGGACUCUGGCCGAGGUGGUUGCACGAUUGCACGAGAAGGUUCCCAACCUAGAAGAGGUCACCCACGUGUAUUAUCUGGCCUACUCCAAUGUAACUGCAUGGUCGAUGGACGUGAUGGCGAUCCGAGAUGUCAACGUGGAAAUGACCUACAACGCCGUGCACGCCGUCGACAAGCUGUGCAGGGCUCUGAAGUUCUUCGUGCUUCAAACUGGAACUAACAAUUACGGAGUGUCUGUCUUUCGCUUCCAGGAACAUAUCGAGAUCAAUCCUCCCUUGCGCGAGGACAACCCGCGCAUUCCUUCGCCCUGGGGCGACGAGAUCUUCUACUAUGCGCAGGUCGACCUGAUCAAGGAAGCUAACAAGGGAAAGUCCUGGAAAUGGUGCGAAGUUAGACCCGAUCAGAUCGUGGGCCACGUCCCAAUUCCCACCAGCAUGACCUACGUCGAGCCCCUCGCGCUCUACCUGAUGCUAUAUCGUUACGUGUAUGGCCCCGAAGCCACUCCUGUCUACCCCGGUUCCUACGCGAACUACAUUCACUCGCAUACACCCUCGUCGCAGGAUAUCAUCGCCCGGUCGGAGCUCUACCUUUCGCUCGAGAAGCCGGACCAGGCGCAUGGAGAGGCCUUCAACACAGCCGACAACGCCACACCCGCACCGUUUUCCAUCGUCUGGCCCAAGAUGUGCGAGUACUUCGGCCUGACUGCCCAAGCUCCCACUCCCGAUGUCAAGGGGUGGGCGGACAUCGAUAAGUGGUGGAUCGCGCACCAGGACGACUACAAGAAGAUGUGUGAAGAGUACAAUCUACGUCCGCGCGAGAUCCCCGCGGCGACAUGGAUCUUCCUGGCGGCAGGCAUGAGCUUCCUGGCUCGCGACCGCGAUCUGAGCUUGGAUAAGAUCCGGAGCGUGGGGUUCACGGAGGAGUACCCGGUGGCGUAUGGGUAUUUUCGGGUGUUUGGUCGACUGGCGCAGGAGAGGAUUAUUCUUAGCACGGAGGCUUGGUCGAAGUAG